CCUACACACCCACACACAACACUCACAACCACACAACACAUCCACCCAACCCACACACGACGCUGACUUUGCACAAGCGAGACACAGAGGAGAACCUGCCAAGCGGCUGUGGGGUGUUCCACAGCACAGAGAGGACGAUCGCCACUCGCCUACGGCACUCGGCAUUCGUGUGCAAUGCGUGACACAGCACGCACGCUGUGUGUGUUGAACUUCUUUCACGCCGCACGUAGCCAACCGUGCUAAUCCGAGGUGCGUGCGGGGUUGACAACAACAAGACACGAGACAAUUCUCUUCCAGCAGACGUAGCGUGCGUUUGCGUGAACACGACACGCUUAUUUCUCGAGAGAGACGCGUCUCAUCCGCAGACGCGCGCACACAGCAGCAGAGCCAUCAUGCACGAGGCCGCUUCGCCUGCUCUCCCGGGGCCCGUGUCUCCGCUCUUGACUCUGCUUCUCAGCUUCGUCCUCCUCCUGCUGCUGCUGCUCCUGCUGCUGCAGAGGAAGAACAUCUUCAUCAGACGGCCCCAUCGUUUCCCCACGGGGCCCCCGAUUCUGCCCGUGCUCGGCAACUUCGUGUUGAUGGGUCGCAAUCCUGUCGCGGGGUUACAGCAGAUGGCCACAAAAUAUGGGAACGUGUACAGCUUCUUCAUUGGUUCGAUGCCGCUGGUGGUGGUGAACGGCUACCAACUCGUGAAGGAGGUUCUCAUGUCCCACGACUUUUCUGAUCGACCGUACAUUCCACUUAUGGAAAUAAUGCAGCAAAACCUUGGCAUCAUAGGUGCUCCGUACGGCGAAGGCUGGAAGCGAAGGCGCAGAUUUACUCUGUCAACCCUGCGUAAUUUUGGAUUCGGGAGGAAAACUAUAGAAGAGAGAAUCCUCACGGAGGCCGAGGUCCUCAUUGAAACUUUCAAGCAGGAGGCCACAGCCUUUGACCCUCACUGUAAUAUGAACAACGCUGUCAGCAACAUCAUCUGUUCGCUGGUGUUCGGAAGACGCUUUGACUACGUCGACCAGCACUUUCAGGAGCUGCUGCAUCUCAUAGAGGAAAACAUGGUGCUGCAAGGGGGCCCACUUGGGCAGAUCUGCAGCAUAUUCCCAGUGCUGUGCAAGUUACCCGGGCCGCAGCAGAGAAUAUUUACCUCGCAGGCAAAGGUACAGGCCCUCAUGGACGACAAGAUUGCCGAGCACCGCGCAACGCUGGACCUGAGCAACCCCAGGGACCUGAUCGACGCCUACCUGUCGGAGAUCGAGAAGGAGAAGGGCAACCCGAACAGCCCCUUCCAGGACAAGAAUCUCUCCAUAGUGACCAUGGACCUCUUCAUCGCUGGCACCGAGACGACCUCCACGACCCUACGCUGGAUCCUGCUCUACAUGAUGGCGUACCCAGACAUACAGGCUCGCUGCCACAAGGAGAUCGACGAGGUCGUGGGCUCGGACCGCCUGCCCACAAUGGAGGACCGGCCCAAGAUGCCCUUCGUAGACGCAGUCAUCCACGAGACCCAGCGGUUCAGCAACAUCGUGCCACUCGGCGUGAUGCAUUGCACAUUGAAGGACAUGGAAUUUCAAGAAUACCUGCUGCCCAAGGGAAUCAUUAUAUUGCCGAACUUUACAUCCGUGCUGUUUGAUGAGAGCCAGUGGGAAUCUCCACAUGAGUUCAACCCUGGCCACUUCCUGGACAGCAGCGGCAAAUUCGUCAAACCCGACGCCUUCCUGGUCUUUUCUGCCGGUCCACGUGUGUGCCUGGGAGAGAACCUGGCCAGGAUGGAGCUCUUCCUGUUCUUCACGUCUCUGCUGCAGCGCUUUCAGUUCUACUGGCCCGACCCGGCUUCAAAGCCAAACCUGGAGCCCAAAUAUCAGUUCACGCAGGCACCGCAGCCGUACAAGAUGGGAGUGCGCCCACGCAACUCGUGAAUCGACAAAAAGCCGGGAGGCGUUCGACGUACCGGCAAGGCUUGCAGAUUUCCCAGCAAUUCCUGACGAUCCUCCGGCAGAAAAAAACGGGACAAGGUGGCAACUUUAGCAGGGCGCAGCCUUGCUGUUUGCUUCAGAGUAACAAGAGUGCACAUGUCAGGGAGGGUGUAGACCCGUGUUCUUCUUGGCAUUAUCGCUGCCCGUUGUUUAAAAAAUUAUAUAUAAUUCUUAAGCAGUAAUUUUCUUCACAUGUCUGUAAAACAUUUUUUUUUAUUAAUGUGACAGCUAUUAAAUUUAGAUUUAAAGCUUUCGUGACUGCAGGGAUUCAUAUUCUUGGUUCUUUCGGUAAAGUCACG